CCGGCGCAUAUUCUCAAUCUCUCCUGGACCAACCUUUUUAAUUGAGCUUCCGCCGCAAGGCGACCACAACCCCCAAACCUCAUCAUGAACGGCAACGGAGAUGGCGACCACACCAUGCGCGAUGUGGUCGACACGCCUGACUACACUGACUCAGACACCGGCAUGACUACCACAGAAAGCAGCAUUGCAGGUGACCUGGACGGCAGAAAGAAGAGAUGGGAAGGCCACGAGCUGAGAAAGACUGUCCUGGGCAAGAAGCAUGACAAGCUCGGCGAGUCAAAGGAGGACGACUCUAUCCGCCGAUUCCGUUACCUUCUCGGCCUGACCGAUCUUUUCCGUCAUUUCAUCGAUACCAACCCGAACCCCCGCAUCAAGGAGAUUAUGGCCGAGAUCGACCGCCAAGACGAAGAGGAAAAGGCAAGAGCUGGCAAAGCCCAGUCGCGUAAGGGAGGUGCUGGCGGCGACAGAAGGAGACGAACAGAAAAGGAAGAGGACGCUGAGUUGCUCCGUACCGGCAAGCAUGAGAGCGACGAAUCCCGCACAAUCUUCCGCGAGUCGCCAUCUUACGUUCACGGUCAAAUGCGUGACUACCAAGUCGCUGGUCUGAAUUGGCUCGUCUCGCUGCACGAGAACGGUAUCUCUGGUAUCCUGGCCGACGAGAUGGGUCUGGGAAAGACCCUGCAGACAAUCUCCUUCAUCGGCUACCUGCGCUUCGUUUGUAACAUCACCGGACCUCACUUGGUUGCUGUACCCAAAUCUACCCUCGACAACUGGAAGCGCGAGUUCGCCAGAUGGAUCCCGGACAUCGAUGUUUUGGUCCUCCAGGGCACCAAGGAAGAGCGUGCAAAGAUCAUCAGCGAACGCCUGAACGAAGAAAAAUUCGAUGUUCUUAUUACGAGUUACGAAAUGAUUCUCCGUGAGAAGACGGCCCUGAAGAAGUUUGCCUGGGAAUACAUCAUCAUUGAUGAGGCUCAUCGAAUCAAGAACGAGGAAUCGUCUCUUGCUCAGAUCAUCCGCAUGUUCAACUCGCGCAACCGUCUUCUUAUUACCGGUACCCCUCUGCAGAACAACUUGCACGAACUUUGGGCAUUGCUCAACUUCCUGCUUCCCGACGUCUUUGGUGAUGCAGAAGCUUUCGAUCAAUGGUUCUCGGGACAAGACUCAGACCAAGAGACUGUCGUCCAACAACUCCACAGAGUUCUGCGCCCCUUCUUGCUGCGCAGAGUCAAGAGCGACGUCGAGAAGAGCUUGUUGCCCAAAAAGGAGGUCAACUUGUACAUUGGCAUGUCCGAGAUGCAGGUUAACUGGUACAAGCGCAUUCUGGAAAAGGACAUUGAUGCAGUCAACGGUGCCGGCGGAAAGAAGGAGUCCAAGACUCGUCUGCUCAACAUCGUCAUGCAACUGCGUAAAUGCUGCAACCACCCUUACCUCUUCGACGGAGCUGAGCCUGGCCCGCCCUACACUACUGACGAGCAUUUGAUCUACAACUCUGCCAAGAUGUUGAUGCUUGACAAGCUCCUCAAGCGCAUGAAGGCACAAGGAAGCCGUGUCCUCAUCUUCUCGCAGAUGAGUAGACUUUUGGACAUUCUCGAGGACUACUCCGUCUUCCGUGGUUACAAGUACUGCCGUAUCGAUGGCUCAACGGCGCACGAAGACCGUAUUGCGGCCAUCGAUGAUUACAACAAGCCCGAUUCUGAAAAGUUCCUGUUCCUCCUGACCACUCGCGCUGGUGGCCUUGGUAUCAAUCUGACAACUGCUGAUAUUGUUGUUAUCUUCGACAGCGAUUGGAACCCCCAGGCCGAUCUGCAAGCCAUGGAUCGUGCUCAUCGUAUCGGUCAAACCAAGCAGGUUGUUGUGUUUCGUUUCGUCACUGAGAACGCCAUUGAGGAGAAGGUGCUUGAGAGAGCCGCUCAAAAGCUUCGCCUGGAUCAGCUGGUUAUUCAGCAAGGACGUGCUCAACAGGAAGCCAAGAAGGCCGCUUCUAAGGACGAGCUCUUGAACAUGAUCCAGCACGGCGCCGAGAAGGUCUUCGAAGCAAACGCUGAUGGCGCAUUUGCUAAGAACGGCGAGAUCUCCGAAGACGACAUCGACGCCAUUCUCAGGAAGGGUGAGGAGCGUACCGCUGAGCUCAACUCGAAGUAUGAGAAGCUUGGUCUUGAUGACCUCCAAAAGUUCACCUCGGAGUCUGCUUACGAGUGGAACGGCGAGAAUUUCGAGAACAAGAAGAAGGUCGAGAUCGGCAUCAACUGGAUCAAUCCUUCAAAGCGUGAACGCAAGGAUCCUGCAUCCUACUCGAUGGAUAAGUACUACCGCAACGCCCUUAUGACUGGCGGCAGAACCGCCGACCCCAAGCCCAAGGUUCCUCGUGCCCCCAAACAACAGGCUAUGCACGACUACCAGUUUUUCAACCCCCGUCUCGCGGAUCUGCAAGACAAGGAGACCGCAUGGUUCCGCAAGGAGAACAACAUCAAGGCACCUCUUGCUGAGGGCGACGACGAAGACAAGGAACAGCGUGAACAAGAUCAAGCUCUGGAACAGCAAGCUAUCGACGAUGCUGAGCCUCUGACCGAGGAGGAGCAGCGUGAAAAGGACAAACUUGCUGCUGAAGGUUUCGGCGACUGGAACAAGCGUGACUUCCAGCAGUUCAUCAACGGUAGUGCCAAGUAUGGCCGUACAAACUACGAUGACAUCGCUCUGGAAGUUGACAGCAAGGAGCCCGACGAAAUCAAGGCCUACGCCAAGAUCUUCUGGAAGCGCUACAAGGAAAUUGCUAACUGGGAGAAGCACAUUGACUCGAUCAAUGAGGGCGAAGAGCGCCGUGCAAAGGUUGUCCAACAUGGCAAGCUUCUUAGACAGAAGAUGGGCCUGUACCGUGUACCACUGCAGCAGCUCAAGAUCAACUACACUGUCAGCACUACCAACAAGAAGGUAUACACCGAGGAGGAAGACCGCUUCCUGCUGGUAAUGCUCGACCGUUUCGGCCUCGAAAGCGAGAACCUGUACGAGAAGAUCCGCGAUGAGAUUCGCGAGUCGCCGCUCUUCAGGUUUGACUGGUUCUUCUUGAGCAGAACACCGCAAGAGAUUGGACGUCGCUGCAACACCCUCAUCACCACUGUCGCCAAGGAGAUGGCUGAGGCCAACGGCGAGAAGCUGAACGGCGCAAAGGGCAAGAGAGCUGCCGACGAGGAAUCAAGCGAGGAGGAAGAAGUCAAGCCUACCACAAAGAAGGCAAAGGGUGCCGUCAAGAACAAGCAGCUCGACACAGUCAAGAGUGGCAACAAGGCAACUUCCAAUGCAUCAUCGCGUGCAGGUAGUGUAGCAUCAACCACCUCAAACGGAACCACCAAAGGCGGUGCUCCUGCUGUUGUGACCAAGAGCGGCAGAGCUUCUCGCAAGAAGUAGAGUUGAUGAUGUUUUCCUCUUCUCUCUUGGUAUAAUUGGGCAUUUCUAAAGGAAAGCGGGGUAGCUGGGGCGUUUCAUCUUGCUGUGUGGACUUUGCUUUUCUGAACGAUUCUAUCUCAUUUUUGAUGACUUGCUACGCAGGAGUUGUCCUUUUUUACAGACAAAGGGACCGAGUAAGGUACAAAAGAAAUGAACGGCGAAGAUAUUCGCUACUGUUUUGACAUUCUCA